CCAGUGAAUUCUCUCCAUGUCACUUUGAGACGGAGGCGUCAAUAUGCAGGCAGUCAGCGCUAGCUUCCCUCCCAUUAUCGUACUACCCACGGUCACCAUCCGCUCUCUAACACCGCCAGCACUACUCAGACUGUAGAGCUGAGAAAUUUAGCCCCGAGUUUUCGACAUUUUAACCGUUAGCUAUGAUUAGAACGCUGUGUCUGCGGAUUUAAGUGACUGACGAGUGAUAAGAAAGGAAAAACUUAAACGAUACGGCGAACGUUGGCUAGCCAGCUAGCUAGUCUGUUUGCUGUGGGUGGAAAGACGGCAUCCGGCCUCCGAGGAAGCACCGAGGUCGGGGACUCGGGUCGAUACAUCGUAUUUCGUUUCUGGCCUCCCCUGCCGGAGCGCUCCAUGGAGAGGAUGAAGAAGUUCAAGCGCCGUCUCUCCCUGACGCUGCGCGGGAGCCAGACCAUCGACGAGUCGCUGUCCGAGCUGGCCGAGCAGAUGACCAUCGAGGAGAGCAGCAGCAAGGACAGCGAGCCCAUCGUGAGGAACGGCCGGCCGCCCACGUCCCACAGCAUGCACUCCUUCCUGCACCAGUACACCGGCUCCUUCAAGAAGCCGCCCCUGCGCCGCCCCCACAGCGUCAUCGGGGGCAGCCUGGGCUCCUUCAUGGCCAUGCCCCGCAACGGCAGCCGGCUGGACAUCGUCCACGAGAACCUGAAGAUGGGCUCGGACGGGGAGAGCGACCAGGCGUCCGGCACGUCCUCCGACGAGAUCCAGUCUCCCACCGGCGUGUGUCUGAGGAGCCGCGUCCACCGCCGGAUCUCCAUGGAGGACCUGAACAAGCGUCUGUCUCUGCCGGCUGAUAUCCGGAUACCGGACGGCUACCUGGAGAAGCUGCAGAUGAACAGCCCCCCGUUUGACCAGCCUCUGAGCCGCCGGUCCCGCAGGGCGUCCCUGUCCGAGAUUGGAUUCGGGAAGCUGGAGACCUACAUCAAGCUGGACAAGCUGGGAGAGGGGACAUACGCCACCGUUUUUAAGGGGAGGAGCAAACUGACGGACAACCUGGUUGCACUGAAGGAGAUCCGCCUGGAGCACGAGGAGGGAGCGCCCUGCACUGCCAUCCGGGAAGUAUCGUUACUGAAGGACCUGAAGCACGCGAACAUCGUGACGCUACACGACAUCGUCCACACGGACAAGUCCCUCACGCUGGUCUUCGAGUACCUGGACAAGGACCUCAAACAGUACAUGGAUGACUGUGGGAACAUUAUGAGCAUGCACAAUGUGAAGAUCUUCCUGUACCAGAUCCUGCGGGGCCUGGCCUACUGCCACCGGCGGAAGGUUCUGCACCGGGACCUCAAGCCCCAGAACCUGCUCAUCAACGAGAGGGGCGAGCUCAAACUGGCCGACUUCGGUCUGGCCCGGGCCAAAUCCGUUCCCACCAAGACGUACUCCAACGAGGUGGUGACCCUGUGGUACCGUCCCCCGGACGUCCUGCUGGGCUCCUCCGAAUACUCCACCCAGAUCGACAUGUGGGGCGUGGGCUGCAUAUUCUACGAGAUGGCUGCCGGAAGGCCCCUGUUCCCCGGGUCCACCGUGGAGGACGAGCUGCACCUCAUCUUCAGACUGCUGGGCACACCCUCGGAGGACUCGUGGCCGGGGAUUUCUUCCAUCGAGGAGUUCAAAUCGUACAAUUUCCCGAAAUACAAAGCCCAGCCUUUCAUAAACCACGCGCCGAGGCUGGACACUGAAGGCAUCGAGUUGUUGUUAAUGUUUUUAAAGUACGAGUCCAAGAAAAGGAUCUCCGCUGACGAGUCUAUGAAGCACGCGUACUUCAAGAGCCUGGGGAUGCGCGUGCACGCACUGCCGGAAAGCAUUUCAAUAUUCACACUGAAGGAGGUGCAGCUGCAGAAAGACCCCGGCUACCGGAGCUCCUCUUACCCAGAGUCAGCAAACAGCAAGAACAGAAGACAGAGCAUGCUCUUCUAGGCUCACGCGUCGUCGGAUCGAGAGCGAGGACUUGAUUUCUGUUGUGUAAACUCACACCCAGCAGCCCAGAGAGGAGGAUAUUUGGGGAGUGGGGUGGGGGGGGGGCUUCCUGUCUCCCGGGCUGCGCGCCCCUCACCCCCCUGCCCCUCCCCUCUCCGCUUCUCCUCCGGCUGGCGGCCUUUUGAAGCCCCUGUGGGCCGAGAGAAGAGACUGACUCUGCGUGUUAAUUUAUUGGAGAGAAUCAUUUGCUGCUAAAACAACUACUGUCUAUAUUUAACACACCCGUUUUAUCAUGUGAACUUGCUUGGUUGCCCUCGACAACAGACCAGUCGCUAAAGUUCUGUGUUAUUUCGUUGAUGAUGAUGAUGAUGAUAAUGUUGUUGUUGCUGUUGUUAACUGUCGUCGUUUUUUUCCGAAAAGAAAAAAAAGAAUCGCGUGCUUUUAGUGUCCCUGAUGCUCCCCGACUCCUGCUAGACAUGAGUUACUUUGCAUUGCAGGCGGUUUUUGCAGUUUUUUUUUGUUUGUUUUUUUGUUUUUCUUUCCAGGUUUUUACUCUGGAGUACUGUAGCAGAUCUCAUUUCAGACUGAAAGCUGUACAGUUAGGCAGUUAGGGCCCGGGUCAUGUGAUCAUGUGCUGAGGGGGACCGGUGGAGCGUCUGUCAGCUCAGUAGCUGGGUACUGUAGUCUUAUUCCCCCCCCCCCCUCGCCCGCCUCCCCACCAGUUUCUGAUCAACACAUUUCAAUCAAUCGCUACAGCCCUCCCCACCCAGCUACUGAGCGCAGCGGCGCACAUCCACCAAUCAACGGGGAGUAAUGGGGGGGAGGGGCCACCGACAAGCCAACCGCUCUUCACAAGAUGGGGAACCUCCCCCCUCCCCCGCCCACCAAAACGGUUGACCAAGUAGAGUGCGCUCAUAGCAUUCCAAGAUAAUUCUUUUUUUUUUCUUUUUUUUUUUUCUGUCACGGCUGACGUCGUGACUGGAGACGAACUGGAGGGCGAAAGGAGUACCCCAGGCGUUUUUGACCAGAGGGCAUUACCUGAAGUCAUGAGAUCAGGCGUGAGCUCAGGCAACGGCGAUUCUCUUCACACUCUCUGUGUGGACCCCCUCCCCCCUUCCCCCCCCCCCCUCCCAAACUGCUCUGGCCCUGUCAGCUCCCCCCGUCUCCCCGGACAACACUGCUUAUCCACAGUGUCAUGUUCUUUGCCUUUAAGAGCUAGUUUAGUGCAUCUUCUGUAACUGUAAAAAAAAAAAAAAAGUCUCUCUUUCCCGAAUGGUCGGCCUGUUCUGUACCUGACCAUCAGUGGGGGGGGGGGUGAGAGUCUAGCAGACUGUCACCGUACUGGACCCUGGAGCACCAGAGACUUCUGCUUGUAAUGACUUUGAAAGUGUAGUUUAUUCAGCAGUAUUAAGAGCCUUUUUUGUAUGUUACAUUUUAACUUUAUUUGUGAAUAAUUGUGUCAUUGUGGCAUGUUGGGGGAUGCGUUCCUACCUUUGUGCUUUUUUUUUCCAGAGGAGAGAAAACAAAUCAGAAAAAUGUGCAAAACUGAAGUGGGGGGGUGGGGAAAUAUAUAUAUAUAUUUGUGUAAGAGUUUGCAUUUGGACCACUGCUCUGUUUUCCAGCGUUUGUACACGUUUAAAAGAAAAGAAAAAAAAGAUUUCAAAUUGAAAUUUUAGAUUUAACGAACCGCUGUGUUGUUUUCAACUGACAGUAAUGUAUUAAUAUUGUAAUAUUGUACUUUCUUCCCAACAUGAGAAUGACCUGAUCCUACCUGUUUGUGAAAAAGGUGUGGAGGUCUUUACCUGACGCAUGGAAUGCCUGGUGUGGUGUAAACUUCGCCUCUCUGGAACACUGACUCAAAACGGUGGACAGUUAUCGACCGUUUAACACUUUUUACUGGAGUUAUUUAUUUCUCAUAACCAUUUAAGUAAAUUUAGUCAGUUUCAUACAGACACCCUGAAUUGCUCAAUUGUCCUUUUUUUAAUAGUGGGGAUGAUUUUGCGUGAUGUCCUGAAAAACUCCGUGAUGUCUACGGAGGGGGUUUAAAUAAAAUUGAUAAGGAAA